GACUUUCGAUGCUCGGAAUGAGUCGGAAUAGCUCGGAAUGCCCCGACUUGCGGUUGUGAGACGCGCGCCAAUCAUGAGCUACGGACCACCACCUGCUAUCAUGGCAUGACUGCCUGCUUCGUUCCCGAACCACUUUUCCGAUAUAAUAAAGGCGACUUGCCUCUUGGAUCUCAUAGACAUCGCAGCGCCUGUUAAAGAGCGAAGCUAUCUUAUCCGUAAUCAGUCUUGAUGGCAUCCGCGGCCGAUACUGCGAGGAGUGGACAUGCAACCCCAAGCGGAGCACUCGAAGCUGCAAAACAACGAUUCGCAAAGAAAAACCAACUGGACCUUGUCCGGUUUACAAAUUCCGGCACAGAGGCGAACUUGCAUGCUAUCCAGGGCGCUCGGCGUUUUACUGGAAAGAAAAAGGUUGUCGUGUUCUCGGGCGGAUACCACGGAGGGUGCUAUCUCUUUCCCGAUAACCACCCCGCAGAGAACUGUGUCGACAAGGACGAUUGGAUCGUUGCAGAGUUCAAUGACAUUGAGGAUGCGAAGAGGAAGAUUGAAGAGUCUGAAGAUGUUGCUGCGGUAUUGGUCGAGGGUAUGCAAGGUCGAGGGCCAUAUCUUGUCGGCACCCAUGAUUUCCUGCAGCAGGUCCAAUCGUCGGCAAAGAAAGAUGGUGCCGUGUUCAUUCUGGAUGAGGUGCAGACAAGCCGCCUGUCACCAGGGAGACUGCAAGAGCUCGAAAACUUGACGCCCGACAUUACCACUUUAGGUAAAUUUCUGGGUGGCGGGAUCACGUUCGGCGCCUUUGGAGGACGAGCAGACAUCAUGCGGGGUUAUGAUCCGCGAGAGAAGAACUCGCUAGGAAACUCGGGCACAUUCAACAAUAACACACUCGGCAUGACUGCAGGGUAUACUGGUUUGGCGCAAGUGUACGCGGCUCAAGUGAGUCGUGAGUUCAACGUCAUGGGCGAUCAAUUCCGCCAGCGUCUCCCGAGCCUUUCACAUGGUACGAAAAUGACCGUCACUGAUCUAGGAACGAUCCUGGGCAUUCACUUCUUACACGACGGCAAAAAGGAAUUGAAGAACUACCAGGAUCGCCUCGAGAAUAGAGACUUGAGCAUGCUGUUUUGGAUUGAAAUGAUGGAAGACGGCUUCUGGAUCUCGCAGCAGGGAAGUCUUGCAGUGAUAUUAGGAACAAUUUGGGUGGAGCUUGAAAAGUUUGUUAACAGCGUUGAGAAGUUUCUGCAGAGACACGCAAGUCUAUUGGAGGUACGAAUGGUCGGGGAAGAGAGUAGGCUGUAAUCAGACAUGUACAUGUAUCUAUCCAAGGUAUUAGUGAAGCAGAUAUACGCAAGUGUGCAGCGGG